AUGGGUUUUUUCCGCAGGUGGGUAUCGCCGGUGGGGUCGUCGGGCUUCGGCUCUUCUUCCACGGCGGAGCAGGUCACGGAGGGCAUCGACGCCAGCCACCUCACGGCCAUCGUCACAGGUUCCCCCUCCGAAGACUGCUGAACUGAAAUUUCAGUGAUGAAAUUCUCACGUCUUGCUGGGUUUUGAGCAGGCGGAACGAGCGGUAUCGGGAAGGAGACGGCGAGGGUUCUGGCCCUGCGAGGAGCCAGAGUCAUCAUUCCCGCCAGAACGCCGGAGGGAGGCGCCGAGGUGAAGGAGAGCCUGCUGCGGGAGAACCCACAAGCGAGAAUCGACGUCAUGGAGAUGGAUCUGAGCUCCCUCAGCUCAGUGGCGUCCUUCGCGAGCCGCUUUUGCGCCUCGAGUCAACCCUUGCACAUCCUUAUGUAAGUAGACAAGUUUCACAGAUACGCUCCUUUUCCUCCACCCGCCGCAGACUGACGGCGCCCGGUGCCGUCGUCUUCUUGCUCCUCUUCUGGGUAUCGCGGAACAGAAACAACGGGGGAAUCAUGGCAUGUCCUUUCCAGCUCUCGAGGGACGGAGUGGAGCUGCAGUUCGCCACCAACCAUCUCGGUAAUUGCUCGUCGCGAGUUCAUUCUCUCCAUUGGAGCGGUCUCCUCUUCCUCCCGUGACCUCCAUCCAUGCACAGGGCACUUCCUGCUGACGAACCUGCUACUGGAGAAGAUGAAGGCCACAGCCAGAGAGGCGGGGAUACAGGGGCGGAUCGUCAGCGUCUCAUCUGCCGCUCACCGCCGAAGCGACGCAACCUGGUUCGACCUGGACAAGAUAAACAACCGAUCGGAGUAAGCUCCUCCUCGUCUUCUCACAACCUACUAAACCGACACCUUUCCUUCACCAAUCCCCAACUUCCGACAGCUACAAGCCAUUUGCAGUGGCCUACGCUCGCUCUAAGCUCGCGAAUAUUCUGCACGCCAACGAGCUAUCCAGGCGCCUGCAGGUAGGAUUGACCCCAUGAAAGCAAUGCCAAAACCCUGCUCCACUGCUUAAACGCAAUUGGAACCCCACAAAUGGCGAUGUACAUCCCCUGAUGAAACCCGACCGUCCUCUCCACAUAGGAGGAGAAGGCCGACGUGACAGCCAAUUCGUUGCACCCGGGGCUGAUACAGACCAACCUCUUUCGGUACUUGGCCCUCAACGGUGAGCAAGCCCCUCCCUAAGUCUACGUCGUUUCCCCUGAAGAUCCUGACGAAUACUGCAUCUAUAGCUGUAACCCGCUCGCUGGUAUCCUUGGUGACGCCCUUCUUCAAGACCGUGCCGCAGGUGAGAACUACUACUGCUACUACCACCACCAGUCCACUGGAUGUUCUUCCUCAGUCGUCCUCAUCCCCGGUCCCUUUGGUCCCUUUGCAGGGUGCGGCCACCACGUGCUACUUAGCUCUUCACCCCGGCGUGAGAGACGUCUCCGGGAAGUACUUCUCCGACUGCAACGAGGUGACGCCGACCUCGUAUGCAACGGACGGGGAGCUCGCGAAGAAGCUCUGGGCCUUCAGCGAAGGGCUCGUUGAGAAGCUUUUCAAGUCCACUUGA